UCAGAGACAUACCCACAGGGGAGACUACCUCCCUAGGGAGGGAGCCAGGAAAUUCACAGCUCCAUGUAGCUCCACGGUGUUACUCUAGAAGGGUCACCAUGAAGAAGGUCAAAAAGAAAAAGUCUGACUCCAGGCGCCGCAGGAAUUCCAUUUCACCGCAGACUAGCUCCGACUCCUCACAGCAGCCCAGCUCAGAAACCCCGCCAUCAUGUCCAGAGCCCGCCUCGCCACCACCGCAGCCACAACCUUGCCAGGAGUCCACCCCACACCAACUUAACCCUGAGCCUAAACUGCAACCUACACCACAUCCUCUCCCACCUCCAGAAAAACGUACCUCAUCUCCGUGCCUGGUACCCAUGGAACCUAAACCAACCACUUGCAGGAAACCAGCAGUGCCUCUGACUUACUUGGCUCCACGCUCCUGCCCCUGUGUGGCCUGCCCGGGCAGCUCCGCUUGCUGGCGUCGUCUGGGGCUUUGCCAUAGCCGAAUCUUUGAUGUCCUCCUGCCUCGGGACUGGUCAUCCAUGCCAGGGAGAGGAUUCCCAAACCUUCUCACCUUCUACAGAAAACCUUCAAGGAAAUACUGCAUUUCCCGUAACUCUCGUGCUUCAAGCUCUCGGAACUGUUGUUGUGGCUCUGGGAGCCCUGGGAGUUGCCUACUUCAUGGCUGAAUCCUUGUGAACUGAACCCCAGGCCCACAGUCCGGCAGGGGUUCAUGGCAGGGCACCCCAAAUAUGCCACUCUCCAUAAGAAUUAUUCUAAGUAGAAAGCCAUUGAGAAAUAGAAGCUCACCUCUGCCCUCUCUGAUCUACCUGAAAACAGCCUAAUUUAUGCUAUGACCAUGAGGUGACCCCACCCCAGGAAGGGUGAACAGGCUUGUCCCUGAAGACAGCUUGCAAGAAAACCAUCCCACACAAAGUCCGCCUUGUCCCCAUAUUGGUGCCCUUCCACAGCUAGCCACCAUUCACACUAAAACAUUGUAGAGCUUCCCUACAAAGGUCUUGCUGUUUAUGGGAAUGCUCUGGACAUCUUUCCCACGCGCCAUUGCUCUGUGCACACCCACUGCCUCAUUGAUAACUUGUUUUUCUCUUGCUAA